GCAAGAGAGAAAUGCAGAGCUUAGCGAGAAGACAGCGUGAUUGCUCUGGAUUUUUCCUCAACGAAUUCAAACGAAGAACAAGAACCCUCAGCAGCAGCAGUAGCAGCAGCAGCAGCAGCAGCAGCAGCUUUCUCUCAAAUCAUUCGCUCACCGAUGAUCCUGAUUCCAGUGUAUUAGUGGAAGGAAAUGCAGGUUCGAGAACCGUAGUUCUCAAUAGACCCUCUUUCCUCAAUGCGCUCAACACUUCAAUGGGAAGCCGGUUACAUAAACUAUACAAAAGUUGGGAAGAUAACCCUGAUAUAGGUUUUGUGGUAAUGAAGGGCAGUGGCAGGUCUUUUUGUGCUGGUGGGGAUAUUGUUUCUCUCCAUGAUAUGGCAAAAAAAGGCAAUAUUGAAGGAUGCAAGGAAUUCUUUUGGACGCUGUAUAAUUUUAUGUACCAUGUUGGUACAUAUUUAAAACCACAUGUGGCUAUCUUGGAUGGGAUUACCAUGGGUGGAGGGGCUGGUGUUUCCAUUCCAGGAACGUUCAGGGUUGCAACCAAUAAAACUGUUUUUGCUACACCGGAGACUUUAAUUGGCUUUCAUCCUGAUGCUGGGGCUUCCUUUCAUCUUUCUCAUCUUCCUGGUUAUUUAGGGGAGUAUUUGGCUCUAACAGGAGACAGGCUCAAUGGAGUAGAAUUGGUUGCAUGUGGACUGGCUACACAUUAUUCACUCAGCGCAAAUCUUUCGCCAAUUGAAGAAUGUCUCAGGAAUCUGAUAACCGAUGAUCCUUCUGUAAUUGAAACCUCUCUUCAGAAGCACAGUGACCUUGACUAUCCUGAUAAUGCCAGUGUUAUCCGGAGGAUUGAAAUGCUAGACAAAUGUUUCAGCUAUGAUACUAUUGAGGAAAUCAUCGUUGCCUUGGAAAGUGAAGCUGCGAAAACUAAUGAUGGGUGGUGCCAUUCCACCCUGAAGAAACUAGAAUUAGCAUCACCAUUGAGCUUGAAAGUUGCCUUGAGAUCAAUACGAGAAGGGCGAUUUCAGACUCUUGAUCAGUGCCUAAUUCGUGAAUACCGAAUGUCAUUACAAGCAGUUUCCGGCCAGAUAUCAAGUGAUUUCUGUGAGCUAAUAUCUUCAUCAGGGUGUUCGAUCACGAGUGUUGGAUAAAGAUUUUGCACCAAAGUGGGACCCACCGAGCUUAGAGCAUGUAUCACAAGACAUGGUGGAUCAGUACUUCUCUCCCUUAACGGCACUCGAGCCUGAACUGGAUUUACCUACGAAGCAACGAGAGGCAUUUACGUAAGCGGAUACAAAAAUAAAAAAGUUGCGGAAACAUCUUGUAUUCUUUUAGCCAUUUAAAGUUUUCCCUGCCUGUUUUGAGAUCCAAAGAUUUUGUGGGAAAACCAUGUAAAUAGGAACAUCACCUGGUUUUUGGUGAUGUUCAAAGAGUAGAUUGCAUAAAUCAGGGACUGGAUUCAAGAAUUUUCGAUUAAUAUAUACAUUUUACCAUAACAAAAA